AUGUCCGACGUGAAGCGCUCAUUGCUCGACAUGAGUCCCGGAGGAAAAACUGAGGACGAAGACGAGCCGUCUGAAGACGAUCCGAUAGAGUCGAACGAAACUUUUGCCGAGUUCUGUUCUAGACAAGCUCGGAAUGUGGUGCAUUUUUUGGUGGAGGAUUGGUGUCUGUCAGCAUUACUUGGUGUCAUCACAGCAGUGCUUUCUGUAGGAAUGGACGUCGCCAUCGAAAUUCUACAGCACGGUAUCAUUCGUUAUCAUCUGAUAUCAUUCGUUUUGUCUACUGAAGCUAAAGGGUAUGAAUUGAAAACCCAUGUCGUGUUCUACGAUGUGUUCGAGCAAAUAUCAAGCACUCUGGCUUUUUUCUCAUGGAUAUCUCAUGUUGUAAUUCUAACAGCCCUUUCAGCCGUUUUCUGCCAGGUCGUCUCCAAACAUGCAGUUGGGUCGGGAAUUCCUGAAGUGAAGGUAAUCAUGCAUGGUUUCAAAAUGGACGAUUAUCUUACGUGUCGCACUCUAAUCGCUAAGAUGGUCGGCUUGACAUUGGCUAUGGGUGGAGGGCUUCCAAUAGGUAAAGAGGGCCCCUUCGUGCAUAUUGGAGCAAUCGUGGCCACGUUGCUGUCGAAAAUCACCGCUUCCUGUCAGUAUUCGGCCUUCUUCUCGAACGAAGGUCGAGAGAUGGAAAUGCUGAGCAGCGGCUGUGCUGUCGGGAUCGCUUGCACGUUUUCGGCGCCCAUCGGUGCUGUACUGUAUGCCAUCGAAUCGACAUCAAAGUACUUUGCUGUGAAGAAUUACUGGAGAGGUUUUCUGGCUGCCACUUGCUCAGCGAUCAUUUUUCGAUUCGCCAACUUCUUCGUCACAGCAGAACAAUCUGGAACGAUCACGGCCUUCUAUCAGACUCGAUUUCCCACUGACGCCUUCCUUAUCGAAGAGUUGCCUGUGUUCAUGCUGUUGGGGUUCAUCAGCGGCAUGAUGGGUGCAAUCUUCAUUCUCACACAUCGACAAAUAUCCAUGUUCCGACAACGAAAUCGCAUUUUUAAAAUGAUCUUCAGAAACAACUUUCUCACGUUCACAGUGUUUAUGGCUCUGGUCGUUGGACUUCUCACGUACCCAAAUGGUUUGGGUCGAUUCAUAGCUGGCAAGCUGACCUUCCGUGAGACGAUGGCCGACUUCUUCAACAACUGUACCUGGUACACCAAUGAAACAUCGAAGAUGUGUCCCGAGCAACUACUACGGCACUGGACAGAUAACGGAGCUGUUCACAUAUUUACCUCUCUCACCUCUUACUACAUUGUUUAUUUUCUACUCGUCGCCGUCUGUAUUUCCAUCAAUGUGCCUGCAGGCGUGUUUGUGCCAUCGUUCGUUAUUGGAGCUGCCGGUGGCCGGCUCGUGGGCGAGAUUAUGGUAUUCUUCUUCCCGGAGGGCAUGCGAGGUCCUGGUGGGCCUCCAAUCUAUCCAGGACUUUACGCUGUCCACACUGCGAAAAAGGCUCAGAAGGAAAUUUCAGGAGCAGCAGCAUACACAGGAGCCGUAACUCAUACUCUUUCGGUAGCUGUGAUUAUUUGCGAACUCACUGGGCAACUGGCUCCGAUUCUACCAGUCUUGAUUGCAAUGCUGAUGGGCAACGCCAUAUGCAAAUUCCUACAGCCGUCAAUCUAUGAGAGUAUUAUUCGAAUAAAGAAAUACCCGUACUUGCCUGAUUUGCCUCCAUCAAGAAUCAGUGUGCAUACGGUAAAGGUUGAGCAGGUGAUGGUUUGUGAUGUCAUCUAUAUCACGAAGGACAUGACGUAUCGGGAGAUGAAGGAAAUCCUUCAAAUGGCCCCCCAUCUGCGGAGUUUCCCCGUUGUCACCGAUCAUGAAAACAAAAUUCUUCUGGGAUCAGUCGCGAAACGCUACCUGACCAUGCUCCUUCGACGGCACGUGCUGAUCACACAACAAGACAGCCGAGCCAGUGUCCGCAUGACUCCUGCUGAGAUCUUCAAUACAAUCCGCAGAACUAGCAUGAGGCUUUCCAAAAGGUCACCCUCACGACGGUCAAAGGAUGCAAGGGAACCUGACACCAGUCGAAGUGAGACAGAACCUCUUGAAGUAGUGACUGAUCGCACGUACAGCGGCAAUACGCUUCUAUCAAUCUCGCCCCUGCACGCUCCCAACAGUGUUCCAUUGCAAGCUGUCUUCACGAGACCUUCGUCGACUGAGCUGCUUAAGGAUCGGGAUCCUGAAGCGCUUCUUGAUCGGACCAUCGAUUUAAAUGAAGUUGCCAUCGACGCAGCGCCAUUUCAGCUGGUACUCGGAUCAUCACUGUAUAAGGUGCACACCUUAUUCAGUCUUCUGGGUCUUUCGCACGCAUACGUUACCGAUUGUGGUCGACUGGUUGGCGUCGUCGGUUUGAAGGAGUUGCGAGACGCCUUGGCAAACAUUUACACACGAGGAGCAGUAGUCUCAGAAAGAAAACUUACAUCGUCGGCUAUGAUCAACAGUAGAAGGAACAGUAGAACAGAUAGCGGUUCUGCGGUGGCAAAUGGUUCCACCGUGAGGGCAGAACAACCUAAAUUUGGAAAUAGCCUUACCGUUCCGGAAAAUUUAUGA